GAGCUGAUUGGAUGGAUAUAUGGCCAACGAGGGGAAGGGGCUACAAAACAGAAACGCACUUCCUGUACUUCUCUUGCAUGACUUUGUUUCGUCGGAAUCCAAGGAAUUAGUGUCUUGCUCGCCGAAAACACAUCGAAAGGAGUCGGGACAACAUGGAAGAGCAACAGCAUGUAGACUCUCCCAUAAGGCCAUCAAAAUGUGAUUCAGACUGCAAUGACAAACCACCUUCAAGGUUCAAAAGCCAGUUGGAGGCUUACAAGCUCCAUCAGACAGCGUGUGACAUUUGCCUGGAUAGUGUCCACUAUGCUCGUAGAUACUGCGAGAACUGCCGAGCCACCUACUGCGUGAAACACCUGAAAGAGCACAAGGAGUCUCCGGCCUCUGCAACGCACACAAUUCUCCGUUAUGUACUGCCACCAGGCAGUUUGUCUUUCUGGAGUAGCUCAGUUUCCUGGACACGAGCACUUAUGAUCCUGGCGGUUGUGGUGGCAGUGGUGAUACCCGUAUUCUACAUGUCUUCAGACGAUGAAGAUGCCCGUGGGAGGGCGUUUGUGCGUGAGCAGCGGGCGCGGGUGGAGAAGCGCAUGCAGGACUGCGAGGACAUGCACCUCGCUGUGAAGAACCAGCGCCUCCUCAUGGCCAAGCACGUGUGCCACAUGCAGGAGACGCUCGAGGACCAGCGGCGCGCCAUGGAGAGCAAGGUGCAGGCGGACCACGAGUUCCUCGAGAACGCCCUCAGCAGCGAGCCGCAGUACCUCAAGGACAUCGUCAUGCCCAUAAUCAUGAGCACCAGCAACAUCCUGUACUCCUUGCUGGACAACCGGACGUUCGUGGCAGAUGUGCAAAAGUGGUGCGACAAGUUGGCCGAGGUCGAUCUUGCUCAGUCUUCAUAACGAGUGGGGUUUUUUUUGUCGCUGCACUAGUGUGUGAUGUUCUUUAAGCCUAUACCUUACACUGACAAGAUUUUGGGAAAGAUUCUUGAAAGAUUGUAGUCUUUUAACUAAUGCCCCUCAUUCAAGCUUUACUCAAAAGACUACCGUACAAUCUUUCAAGAAACUUUCCCAAAUCUUGUCAGUGUAAGGUAGGCUUUAGAUGAAGCGCGGACAACUCUUCUCUGUUUGAUGCUCACGUCUUGAAGUGUAACUAACUAACUGUAAAAGCUGUAUUAUAAUCCAUGGAUUCAAAAUGAAUAAGCAAAUCCAUAGAUUUUUCUUUUUCUUUUAAAGAUUUGGUCGAAACAUUUCAAACACAGGAAUAGUGUUACAUUUCUGUUAAUUUUCAUUCUGUUAAACUUGCCUCCGCCUCAAGCCGUGGUUGUGGAAUCUUCUUUUCAAGUUCAAGGAUGACUAGGUCUGAUUUGAAGCUGGACAGACCGGUACUGUAAACUGUUACAAAGUGUUUGAUUUGACAUCAGUGGUGUGUUGAACACUAUUGUUUGCUGUCUUUUCAUUUUUUUUUUUCUUAUCUAAAAUGUCUGAUGAAAUGUUCAUUUUUCCCCCCAUGUCUUUACAUGUGAAUGACUUGAGGUGAAUACACUGUAUUCGAGCUGCAUUCAGUGAGUUUUGUACAGAGCUUUGUUGCUGUAGGAGGCUGACGCAUGAGUUCUUCCUUUGAUACGUGUGUCUACACUGGCAGUCUGGCUGCACUUCGCCACAUGUUUUCUCAUGACUUAAGACCUCAAUACUUCUUAUAUUUUAUGACAUUUGUAUGCUCAUUUUGUCAAGCAGACACCUUCAAACACAGCUGGCAUACACUUUUUCCAUCCUUUCACGAUUGAUUGCACAACUUUGGGUCGUGGAACAUAAUAGAAUUGAUCAUCUGAAAAAGCUAUAUGUGUUGCGAAAUGUAAUCAUGAGUGAUGAAACAUGUAUUCUUGUAUAACCAUGAUCCUGAACCCUGUACUUUUUUACAUUGAUUGAUCGUAAAACAUAUACUCUUUUGUAUUAAUAAUCUACAUAGCUCCUACUGUAUGUGUGCAGAAUAUAACUAUGGGGAAAUGAGAGUUGGAACUGCUUUCACUAGACCCGCGUGUAAGCCGCAAGUUCUGUUUUGUUAUUCUGUUCAAAAGUUAUGUUCUGUUUAAAAGUUCCGUUGUCUGGCCGGAAAAGUGCCAGAGAAACAAAUGUCAUGCAGUAAAGAAGUAUUGCGGUUUCAGAUCAUGUGACAAUGUGUGGCGAAGUACAACCAGAGAUUCUGCUUGUGUAAACACAGGCAUCAAAGGAAGCGCUCAGACAUAACUCAUCAGAGUCUAGUGCCAACCAUUUUGUGUUGUAUCAUUCUCUCUCUCUCUUUGCAAAGAUAAUACAAUUGUGUUGUCAUUUGGGAUCACUGGUUUUUGUCUUUAUUUGCACAGAAACAUACCGAAAUAUCCAACAACAGUUCAUGCUCAUGUUAAAAGCAGUUAAAACUUUUUUUAUUAUUAUUAUUAUUCAUUUUUAUUUCAAUUCAAUUCGUUCACGUGUUGUCGUAGUAGCCACUGCUGUCCACAGGAUUUAUUUGUAUUUCUAAUAAAUGAAUGAUCUUUUA